AUGGAGCAGUUUGACGGAUUCGAAUAUCGCAAAAAUGACCUGCUGGGUCAUGGAGCGUUUGCGAUUGUCUACAAAGGACGAUAUGUUGAUCACCACGAAAUACCGGUGGCCAUCAAGGCGAUCGCCAAGAAGAAUAUCUCAAAAUCCAAGAAUCUGCUGACCAAAGAGAUCAAAAUUCUAAAAGAACUGUCGAGUAUGAAACAUGAGAAUGUGGUGGCACUGCUGAAAUGUACAGAGACACCCACUCAUGUUUAUUUGGUCAUGGAGUACUGUAAUGGCGGAGAUUUGGCGGAUUAUUUACAACAGAAGACUACUUUGAAUGAGGAAACUAUUCAGCACUUUGUGAUACAGAUUGCCCGAGCCAUGGAAGCAAUGACGAAAAAAGGAAUUGUGCAUCGAGACCUGAAACCCCAAAACAUCCUCCUUUGCAACAAUUCUCGUACCCAAAAUCCACACUACUCUGACAUCACCAUCAAACUCGCCGACUUUGGUUUCGCCAGAUUCCUCAACGACGGUGUAAUGGCAGCCACCCUAUGUGGAUCUCCAAUGUAUAUGGCUCCAGAAGUCAUUAUGUCAAUGCAAUACGAUGCAAAAGCAGAUCUCUGGUCCAUUGGAACCAUCCUAUUCCAGUGUCUAACCGGAAAAGCUCCAUUUGUAGCUCAGACUCCUCCACAAUUGAAAGCCUACUAUGAGAAAACCAGGGAGCUUCGACCCAAUAUCCCUGAAUGGUGUAGUCCGAACCUUCGGGAUCUUUUAUUGCGACUCUUAAAGCGUAAUUCAAAGGAUCGUAUAUCCUUUGAAGACUUCUUCACUCACCCCUUCCUCACUUCUCCAUUAAUGCCAUCGCCAUCUAAACGGAUUCUGGAGAGUGCACGGUCGCCAAUGCCCAAUCGCAGAAUUAUCACACCCCAAUCAGCCCUUCCAGUACCGAAGAGAGCCGGAUCUGCAAAGCUGGAGAGUCCAACACCGGCUAGAAGGAUUGGGGAGUCGCCUAGAGUUCAAAGAAGGAUUAUUACGCCAUCGAUGAAUUCUCCAGUGCCACAGGAUCAGAAUACAAUGCAGGAAAGCACGGAUUUCACGUUCUUGCCGCCUAGACAAGAUGGAAGUCCCGUUAAGCAGGUCCAAGUUCACACCAAUGUCUCACCAUCACUAACCACUUGCAAGCCGGUGCCAGUGCCCAGUCAACGUUUGACCUACCAGAAGAUGGAGGAACGUCUGGCGGCUGCAAGAAAGACUGCCGUGCCAACAUCGUCACCCAGCCGGGAUACUGUACCUCAGCAAAUGGUACAGAAGCCAAUCCCACAAGACACUGAUUAUGUCAGAAGGACGACUCUUCCGGAACCAAAUGCACAGGACGUUGAGAAGUUGACACUUCCGCAUCCGACCUUUGUUGUAUGCGGCAAUCCGAAGCCCUCAUCAUCACCACCGACCGCCGCCACCACCCCAGCCAGCCGUGUUCGCCGCUCCACCAUCUCCACCGCUCCCACAGAAGACCUCCCUAGUGCAGUUUCUGACAAAGUGCUUCAGAAUGUGAACGAGUCGAACUUCCCGAAAUCCGCCACUACCGCCAACAUCCAGGGUAUCCAACGUGGCAAUCGGGAUCGAUCGGUGACCGGACCACCGGUGGCGACAAUACAUGAGAACGAGCCGCUGGAUAAUGCAAAGUAUCAGCAGACCGAUGUGAACUCGUCGCCGACCAGUGCUACGGCUCAGCCGUUUGUGAUUAAUAAGAAUCACGACUCAUCCGACGAGGAAGACGACGUCCGUGAGCCAAUGAGUCUUCCAUUCGCGUCUGGAAGCCAUGCCGCGCAUCAAUCUUCUUUCAAGAAGAUCUCAUCGGACUCGAAAAUCUCCAUGAAACCCCAACCACAACAACCAUUCAUCCCACCAUUCCAAGACAACACAUCCAACCCACCAUCCCCAAUGGAACAAGAUGGUCCCGCCCUUCCGCCAGCUCUCGACCAAGAGAUUGUGCUCGGCGAGGAGCAUAAACAGAUUCUUGGCAAACUUCGCUUUGUCGCUGAACUCGUGGAUACCCUAAUGCAUGUCGCUGAGCAGAAGGACAACCCAUUGGCUUCAGCUAUGGCGUCAAGACGGCAGUUGUUAACAACGGGGACUUCUACUACAAACACGUCAUCACCAUACAGAAGAGCUGAGCAAUUGGUUGUCUAUGUUAGAGCUCUUCAUAUGCUAUCGUCGGCAUUGCUUCUGGCUCAGACGAAUGUGGCAAAUCAUGUACUACAUCCAUCCCAGGCAGUUCAGCAGGUGCUAAAUCAGUUGAACGAUAAGUAUCAUCAGUGUUUGGUAAGAUUUUAUAGUGUCCGAUCUCAAGAACUUGCCUCAUUGGGUCUCCCUGGACAGGACCCUGCUAUGGCGGUCAUCUCAGCUGAGCGUAUCAUGUAUCGACAUGCUAUAGAGCUGUGCCAAGCUGCUGCGCUCGAUGAGCUCUUUGGCAAUCCACACCUUUGUAGUCAGAGGUACCAGACAGCCUACAUGAUGUUGCACACGCUGGCGGAACAGGUCAAUUGUGAUCAGGAUAAGACUGUUUUGACGAGAUACAAAGUCGCCGUUGAGAAACGUCUACGCAUCCUGGAACGACAAGGAUUCGUGGCAGCGGUCAACACAUAA